UUUGUUGAAUUUGUAAAAGUCAAUGAAAAAACAUUUUUCGCAUACAAACAAGACAUCUUUGAUUCAGAAACACGUACCACACAAGCGCCCGAGGAGGAUCACGGCGUUCUAAUUAUAAUAACACUAAUCGUCGUCUCGUUCCUAAUCUGUCUCCUAUGCACACUUUGUCACUCCAGAAGAAAACGUAGAGCUAAUGUGCACCAAUUGGGCUUGCAUCGGAACGCGCACUACGAUUCGCAAACCAGUGCGACCGGUUUGAGUUCAAGCCGUCGUCAUUUGCAAGGUGGCCCCAGCAUAUCGGGCAGCCUGCAUGGCAUCAAUAGCGGUUCUUUGAUGAUACCACCUGCACCGCUGCCACCCACCAGCGUACCACCACCGCCACAUAUUUGCAUUGCGGGCGUCGAUGGCAUCAGCGGAGGCAUACUAAUUAACGACGACGAUGGCCUAGACGAUGAGGAUGAACUCGAUCUCGACAAUGAACAACACGAAAUAUUUAUCAACGACGUACGAUUCGACGAUGAUGAGCACCAUCUGGAGCAAAUGCGUCAUUUGGAAACUGUUUAACAAUUGGUGAAAGGACUGGGAGAGAUGAAGGACAUCAAACAAUUGUUAAAACAAUAUGCGGGAUUUUAUAGAAAUUUACAAGCAUAGGAACAGGCUUAA